GUUUUGAACUAAUUUUGAAAUUUGAAAAAUUCAAUUUUUCCAUCGAAAUAAAAUGGCCAAUGAAUUAAUAUCAGUUGGUGGUGGCAACGUUCAACAACAACAACAACAAGAUUUUGGUCCACGUGUUAAAGGCGCAACGAUUGUCAAACCAAUCGUAUUCGGUAAUGUUGCCCGUUAUUUUGGACAUAAACGUAAUAAUGGACAUACACAUGAAUGGAAAGUUUAUCUACGUCUUUAUAAUAAUGAAGAUUCAUCUGGUUAUAUAAAAAAAGUUCAAUUUAAACUACAUGAUUCAUAUGCAACACAGAUUCGUGUUUGUAAUGAACCACCAUAUGAAGUGGAUGAAACUGGUUGGGGUGAAUUCGAAGUAGUGAUCAAAAUCUAUUUUGUCGAUCCAUCCGAACGUCCAGUUACCAUAUAUCAUAUGUUAAAAUUAUUUAAAAUUGAACCCGGUGCUGCACCGGGUGGUGGUCCAAUGCCUGUUUUUACCGAUUAUCUAGUGUCCGAAUUCUAUGAUGAAUUAAUAUUUUCUGAACCAUCAACAACUAUGAUGCAAUUAUUGAAAUCUGCACCACCAUUACCACCUAGUAUUCGAUCACAAUUUGAAACUGAUUUUGAAGAGAAAAAAAACGAAACAUUACAAGCUAUAUUAUCGGCUAAGAAUAAGAUUGGUACCGAAAUUGAUGAUUUAAAACAUCGUAUACAGACGGCCAAAGAUGAGAUUGCUAAACAUCAAUCAAAUCUUAUCUAAUUUUCAUCAAUAUAAUAACAAGUACAUACAAACAAUUGUUUUUCAAA